UUUGUUUGGGGCCAACUAAUCCUAUGCUUCCUUGCCCUGUACCUGCUGUUUGUCAGCUGAAAUGAGGAUGGCCAGUGUGCAGUUCCGGGCUCGUCGGGCUGUGGAGCCGGCAAAACCAGAACAUGAACAUGAAAAAGUGCCAGAACAAGCAGAGGAGCCAGCUACCCACGUCCCUCCAGCACACCACCCCGGCCACCACAACUAUGACGACAUGAAGAACAAGUUCAUGAAUGAGAUUGGCCAUCUGCCACGUAAGUAGUUCCUGGCAUAUAGAUGGAAUUGGGCAAGACUGAGGACUCCACAGAUGCUGUUUUCCUAACUUUUAUGUCAUCUCUGUAGCUAUCGUGGAAGGUUGAAAUCUGCUUGGGUCCUGAUCCUGAUGCAGCAAUGUAAUUCUCUCAUGGAUUUUUGGGGUGGAGGGACUGAGUGAGAGCUGGUGACAAAAAUAGAACAAGAGUUAUGGGAUCAUACAUAUAAGCCAUGACAGAUGUUAGAACUAUGGAAAGGAACACGGGAUUCACAUUCUUUAAAAAAAAAAGAUGUAUAGGUGUUAUGCAGGAUACAUAAUGUCACUUCAUCAUCUCCCUUCAUCUUCAUUUUAUCAUAUCAUUCCUCUUUUCUCACAGGACUUAUUCAAAGAAGUAAUAACGUUUUCAUUCUCCGUGUGCAUUUACUUUGAAUAUACCUACAGUUGCGGUCAAAUAUAUUGGCACCUUUGCACUUUAUAAUGGAGUGCAAUGGAGAAAGGUUCUGUUUUCUCUUUCAAAACUGGUUGAAUUGGCUAUUGUUACCCUGUAGGCACCUACAACUUACCACAGUUGACAUAAAUUACACCGUAAACAAGAAUGACUUGCCUCCAAUCAAAUUAAUUUUAAUUUUGAAUAAUUUAGUCCAGGACAUUUAUUUACUUUGAAGAGAAAAGUCUCCAUUUCAGUUUUGAUGUUGGUCCUGUUCAGAUGUAAAUCAAACAAAUACACACGUGAACACCAACGUUGUUUUUCCAAUUUCAACUUAUUUGAGAAGAAAUAGUGAAUCUUGCACAAAUAUUUGACCGCAACUGUAUAUUGGUAGAUUGAUCACCCCCUAGCCUCCCUUCUCCUGUGUACAUUGUGACAUUACAACCCCAUCAAAGUCUAUAGCAAUUAUGUCUGUUAUUGUUUUCCUUUAAGAUUUGUUUUUCACCGUCAUUAACAAACCUUGUCCCUUAUUCAGAUGUCAAACACUAGUCAACAUCUAGCACCUUAGGGUACUUGAAUAGACUUCCCACUAUUUUUAUAUUUAGUUUGUCCUGCUAUAUUUUCUUGUCCUGGUAUACUUUCUGCUUCCCUCACUGUUUCAAGUAUCUUGGUAUAGUUUCUCAUAUGUUAAGAUAGACAGUAUGUCUUUAGAUGUUAAUUGUGUUGUUACCUCUUUCUUCUGUAGUCCCUAUGUGGGCAGUUGGGGCCAUCGUUGUGGUGGUGCUGGUUUUGGUAGGAUGCUGCACGUUCUGCCUCUUCAAAAAAUGCUUUGGGAAAAAGAAAAAAACUAAGAAAGUGAGGGAGAGGAAGGCUGGCCGUCGGAGGAAGGCAGACAACGAAGGGGGAGGAGAGGGUGGGGAUAAGGUAAGAAGGACACGGGAAAGAUAGGAAGAAAUUACAUACACAUUUCCCAUGAAUAUGACAAAUAUAGACAGUGCCAUGCAGUAUCAAACAAAAACAGAAAAUAUGUGUCUGCGAUCUAUUAUUCAGGAAGAGGGGGAUAAGAAAGAAGGGGAAGGAGAGGAGAAGGAACAGGAGAAGCUGGGAAAACUGGAGUUCUCCUUGGACUACAACUUCACAGAUGCCCAGGUAGUGCCAAGUCCUUUUGGUUGUAUGGUACAAUACUUUGUCAAAAGAGGCCCCUGUGGCACAACAUAUUAAUACUGUAUUACUAGCGCCCUGUGUUUUGCGCAAUCAUGUCACAUGACCUGGAUUUUAACCUUUAUUUAAAGCUUUUUCAUCCAACUGUCCCCUUUUCUUUUUAUCUCAGAUGGUCCAGCACCAUCCUCAGACAAUUGCUUACAUUUUUUGUGUAAUUCCCAUUUCUGGAUAGUCUUGCUAUGUCACAUGACUGCACAAAACACUGUUCCUUAUGUAUGACAGCACAGCACAUUUGUUGCAAUUCUGUUAUUUAGUGUAGCAGAUGCUCUUCUCCAGAGUAACUUACAAUCAGUUCAUACACUUAGCAAAGAUGUAAAACAGCAAAAUACUAGCCUAACUGGUGUGUGUCAAUAUUAGUUAAGUAUGUGGACACCCCUUCAAAUUAGUGGAUUUGGCUAUUUCACCCAUACCCGUUGCUGACAGGUGUAUAAAAUCGAGCACACAGCCAUGCAAUCUCCAUAGACAAACAUUGGCAGUAGAAUGGCCCGUACAGAAGAGCUCAGUGACUUUCAACAUGGCACCGUCAUAGGAUGCCACCUUUCCACAAGUCAGUUUGUCAAAUGUCUGCCCUGCUAGAGCUGCCACGGUCAACUGUAAGUGCUUUUAUUGUGAAGUGGAAAUAUCUAGAAGCAACAACGGCUCAGCCUCGAAGUGGUAGGCCACACAAGCUCACAGAACGGGACAGCCAAAUGCUGAAGCUCGUAGCGCGUAGAAAUCGUCUGUCCUCGGUUGCAACACUCACUACCGAGUUCCAAACUGCCUCUGGAAGCAAUGUCAGCACAAGAACUGUUCGUCGGGAGCUUCAUGAAAUGGGUUUCCAUGGCCGAGCAGCCGCACACAAGCCUAAGAUCACCAUGCGCAAUACCAAGAGUUGGUUGGAGUGGUGUAAAGCUCACCGCCUGGAGCAGUGGAAACGUGUUCUCUGAAUUGAUGAAUGACGCUUCAUCAUCUGGCAGUCCGAAGGACAAAUCUGGGUUUGGCGGAUGCCAGGAGAACGCUACCUGCCCCAAGUGCCAACUGUAAAGUUUGGUGGAGGAGGAAUAAUAGUCUGGUGUUGUUUUUCACGGUUCGUGCUGCUAGGCCCCUUAGUUCCAGUGAAGGGAAAUCUUAACGCUACAGCAUACAAUGACAUUCUAGACGAUUCUGUGCUUCAACUUUGUGGCAACAGUUUGGGGAAGGCCCUUUCCUGUUUCAGCAUGACAAUGGCCCCCGUGCACAAAGCGAGGUCCAUACAGAAAUGGUUUGUCGAGAUCGGUGUGGAAGAACUUGACUGGCCUGCACAGAGCCCUGACCUAAACCCCAUUGAACACCUUUGGGAUGAAUUGGAACGCUGACUGCGAGCCAGGCCUAAUCGCCCAACAUCAGUGCCUGACCUCACUAAUGCUCUUGUGGCUGAAUAGAAGCAAGUCCUCGCAGCAAUGUUCCAACAUCUAGUGGAAAGCUUUCCCAGAAGAGUGGCGGCUGUUAUAGCAGCAAAGGGGGGACCAACUCCAUAUUAAUGCCCAUGAUUUGGAAUGAGAUGUUCGACGAGCAGGUGUCCACAUACUUUUGGCCAUGUAGUGUUUUUUUUGGGAUGUAGCUCAGUUGGUAGAGCAUGGCGUUUGCAACGCCGGGGUUGUGGGUUCGAUUCCCACGGGGGGCUAGUAUGAAAAUAAAACAAUAAAAACAAACAAAAACACAAUUUAUAAUGUAUGCACUCACUAACUGUAAGUCGCUCUGGAUAAGAGCGUCUGCUAAAUGACUCAAAUGUAAAUGUAAAAAUGUAGUGUGUGUAUAUUAUAUAUAUAUAUAUAUAUAUAUAUAUAUAUAUAUAUAUAUAUAUAUAUAUUCAAUAAUGUGUGUGACAUUAAUAUGAACCAUGUCUGAAAUUGAGACUUUCUGGGUGUGGUGAAAGGAGUCAGGCGCAGGAGGGUAAUCACUGAAUACAGAGUUUAUUCCUUUGUUGACACACAAAUGCGCUCCAAUAGCGAUCAACAAAACAGGCACAGGGGAAACAAACAUCCCUGGCAAUUACACUGUAACGGAAUCCAAGAAUACAUAGGCACAGGGGGAAAAACUACCCUGGCAACACAAUGUUAUGAGUAGCUCCACCGAGCUACAUUACUCUCACAAUUAACAAUCACCCACAAGGGGGCAGAGGGAACACUUAUACACAGACUAAUUAGGGGAUAGGAACCAGGUGUGUGUGAUUGACAAGACCAGACAAUUGUGAUGAUGAUUGGGGCGGCAGUGGUUAGUAAGCCGGUGACGACGAACCCCGAAGCCUGCCCGAACAAGGAGGGGAGGCAGCCUCGGCCGAAGACGCGACACUGGGAGAAAUGUCUUGAACCUCUGGGUGUUUUAUUCUUCACCUGAUCAUCCUGACUCCUCCUCUUGGUCUUCUCUCUCCAAAGCUUAUAGUGGGUAUCCUCCAGGCUCAGGAUCUGGCUGCCAUGGAUAUGGGGGGUACCUCGGACCCCUAUGUAAAAGUCUACCUGCUCCCAGACAAAAAGAAGAAGCAUGAAACUAAGGUCCAGCGCAAGAACCUGUGCCCGGUUUUCAACGAGACCUUCAUCUUCAAGGUUUACGUGGUGUCUGACCUUGUGGCUUUGUUUGUUUGUUUGUCUUAUGUCUGGGUUUGUUUGUUUUCUGUCUCUGUAGCAGCUUGUGUUGGUGUUCCAGGUUGUUGAUGAUGUAUCACUUGUUGGUCUCUGAGUUCACGUGGGCAGAAGUCGAGCCCAUGUCCGUGCUUCCCUUCGUAGUUUGUCUCUCGUUCUCUGAUUGCCGUCCGUCAAGGUAUCCCCGAACAACUUUAAAAAUGCAGAAUUAAGAAUGCAUUUUUACUUGUCUCCUGUCAAUACAUGUUUUCAUUUGUUUGCUUAGUUUGUCUGGAUUUGAUAGUUGUAUGUAUUUUUAUGUUGGCAUGUUAAGUUUUAUGGUAUACUUGCUAUUUUACAUAGAACUGUUUUUGAUCAAUUCCGGCAAACCGCCAUACAUUGAUAUACCUAUUAAGAACUGCACUAACCAAUGCUGUUUUUUAAUAACUCUAAGCCAGAGCCAACCAUGCAUGACAUAAAUAUCUCUCUGAGGCACAUCAGUUGGGCAGACAUUCACUUGUGACUAAUGCCCCUGCCUUUCCUCCAAGAUCCCGUACACAGAGUUGGGAGGGAAGAUCCUGGUGUUGCAGGUCUUCGACUUUGACCGUUUCUCCAAGCAUGAUGUGAUUGGGGAGAUAAAGAUCCCCAUGAACAGUGUGGAUCUGGGACAACCAAUGCAAUGUUGGAGGGACCUGGAGAACAGUGAAAAAGAAGAGGUAUGAUGUACUGUGGUAUUACUAACUCUUUGGUCAUCCAUCCAGUCACCCCCACAUUCGCAUGAUGGAUAGAUCACAACCUAAUGUAAUAGUUUCCUCCUUAUUUGAUCUGUUUCUGGCUGGUGGUUUAACACCAUGUUGUUCUGAUGUGCAUCUCUCAGGCAGAGAAACUGGGUGAUGUCUGCAUCUCCUUGCGCUAUGUACCUACUGCUGGCAAACUCACUAUCAACAUCAUGGAGGCCAAGAACCUAAAGAAGAUGGAUGUUGGUGGCUUAUCAGGUGAUUUUAAAUCUCUCAACAAAUAGUUGUAUUUUCUCGUUCCCUCCAAGGUUGUACGGCCUCGCAAACGUAUCAGCAACGUUUUCAGUUUACAUGAUUACAGAUUCAUCCAAUGAGAUAUGUGUAAAAUUGUUCCUCAUGAGUCUACCAGCUGUCCGGCAUGAAGCCUUGUCUGAUCAAAGUCUACCAAAAAACAUUUGACUAAUUGGCUUGCUCCCUUCUCUUCCACCGUUCCCUCAGAUCCAUUUGUGAAGAUUGUUCUGCAGCACAAUGGGAAACGAAUCAAGAAGAAGAAGACAACUGUCAAGAAGAACACACUCAAUCCUUACUUCAAUGAGAGCUUCAGCUUUGAGAUUCCCUUCGAGCAGAUUCAGGUAUUGCAUCUUUGCCUUAUCAAUCCAUUUGUAGUUGCAGAGUACCCAGUCAGUAUUCUGGAAGUAUAGUAAGUGUUUUAAUGUAUCUUCUGUGUUUCUUAUUCAGAAAGUGCAGGUCGUCAUAACAGUGUAUGACUAUGACAAGCUUGGGAGCAACGAUGCAAUUGGCAAGACCUUCAUGGGUUACGGUGCCACAGGAGUUGGUCUCAAACAUUGGUCAGAAAUGUUGGCCAAUCCGAGACGUCCAGUUGCCCAAUGGCAUGUCCUCUGCCCAGAGGAGGAGGUGGAUGCAGCUCUGAAGGUCCCACCUCGUUAAUGAUCCCUCAACAUCCUUGGAUCAUUAAUGUUGUCCACAAGGAAAGCAAACGUUUUGAUAUGUCUUUCAGUGUUAUUAAGACCUCUUUGUAUGUUUGCCUCUGUCUGAUUUUCUGUCAUCUCUUUUUGUCAUUCUUUUUUGUUAAGAGUGUGUGUGCGUGUGCACACAUCGCAGCAUGACUGUUCAUGUGUUUGUGUAAAAUUACCUACAUUUGUCUCAAUGUUCAGGAAUGAUUAUAGCCCAAAUUGUGUUCUUUAGUUGUUUUAUAAAACGUCACACUGUUGGUUUCUAAAUGUAGGCCUAGAUGUAAAAAAUAUAUAUAUAUCUGUAAAAUAUGCACCCUUGUUAUAUGGCCUUAUAGGCUACAGACAAUCAGAUGAAGGAAUUAAAUUGGUUUUUGACUCAUUGACAAGCUUGCAUUCCACACAAAUAGACAAUUUCUGAUUUUGUGAACUGUCAUGUAGGCCUACGUUAAAAACAUAAUUAGUGGCAGUGGUUAUAGUUAGAAUUAAGUUUGCAUUAUGUUUUGCUUGUUGGUUGUAAGAUACUUCAACUAUACUGAACAAAAAUAUAA